UCAAUUUCCGCAAAUGAGUCAGGGGGCGUGCACUUUACUUUACUUCCUGUUACGAGUACCACAGUGAUCGUGUGGAAAAUUUUGAUUUGAAUAGAAAUUCGUGUUGACUGACCAGAGUCCACGAAUUUAAGAUAUUUUGUCCAAAAGUAGGUUAAUUUGAACAAUGUCUGCUCACAGCUUUGGGGUAAUUCCAAUAACCUGCCAUGCAUGGAACGGAAAAGGUUCAGAAAUAGCAAUAUCCAGGAGUGACCAAAAUAUUGAAAUUUACAAAAAGUCACCCUCUGGAUAUGAUUUGACUGCUACUCUGUCUGAGCAUGGUCAGAGAGUUACAGGAAUAGACUGGGAUCCCAAGAACAAUAGAAUUGUCACCAGUGGUGCUGAUAGAAAUGCUUAUGUGUGGGAGUUUCGAGAUGGUAACUGGAAGCCUUGCUUGGUUAUUCUGAGAAUCAACCGGGCUGCCACCUGUGUCAAGUGGUCACCAAAUGGAGACAAAUUUGCAGUUGGCAGUGGCUCCAGGCUGAUUUCCAUUUGUUAUUUUGAAGAAGAAAAUCAUUGGUGGGUCAGCAAACACAUCAAGAAACCUAUCAGAUCGACUGUAACCUGUUUAGACUGGCAUCCAAACAAUGUGUUGAUCGCUGCAGGAUCUUCAGAUUUUAAAGCAAGGAUCUUCUCUGCUUAUAUCAAGGAAAUUGAAAGCAAACCAACAGCAACCUGCUGGGGGGCCAAAAUGCCUUUUGCAAACUGCAUGUUUGAGGUUUCCAAUGGAGGAGGUGGAUGGGUCCAAGGUGUUUCUUUCUCAGCAAAUGGUGACCUGUUGGCUUUUGUGGGUCACGAUUCCAGCAUCAGUGUGGUCAAUGGAGCCAACCAACAACAAUUAGCUGUACUGAAGGGAUCCUAUCUUCCUAUGAUGAGUCUAACAUGGGUGGGAGCCAACAGUAUUGUGACUGCAGGCCAUGACUGUCUCCCAAAAUUGUUCAAAUACAGUGAUGGGAAUGUGACCUUUGUCAAUGACCUUGACAUUCCAAAGGAGAAGGAGACUGGGACAAUGAGUGCCAUGAACCGUUUCCGAAACCUGGACAAGAAGGCAACAGCGGAGGGCACCACUGACUUAAAAACGAAGCACCAAAAUACAAUCACGCAAGUGUCUAUUUACUCAGGAACUAAAGACAACUGCAGCAAGUUUUCCACUACAGGAAAAGAUGGUCAAAUGAUUGUCUGGGAUGUUAAGGUACGGAUUAUCACAUUCUGUCUACACUUCAAGAUCCAAGGCCAAUUUUUUUUUUAAAUUGUUUUACGGAUUUCAAAAUUUUCAAAUCCGUUCGGAGGCGGUAAAAAUUAUUUAAAAAAUACAAAUGACAAAAUGUUAAGUAAUAAAAAUGAACUUGAUUUGAGGUCUAUGUUUUAUUGUCAAUUUUAUUCUCUUCACAGUCAGCUUCAACGGUGGUAUAUAGCGACUAUAUGAGCGCUUUGGCAACAAUGCUAUUUCCUUCAAAAAUGUUUGUUUAUCAAAUUAACUUUCUAUCACUCUCAAAUAUUCAUCAUUUACCAUUCAGUUAUGUAAAUCCCAAAAUAAAAGAACCACUUCUUUUUUCCAUUCAAAAGAUGGCAUCCAUGACGUAUAUAGGGAUGCACUAAUCACCUGAAGUACCAAAAUCCUGACUGACCUUACCAAGCAUAUAUUUUGUCUAAAAAUUUACUUUUAAGUUUUAAAGUCUUAUUUAUGAAGUCAAUUAAGGUUAUAAAUAAAAUUCAUGAACUCUGUCAACUGUCAUUCAAAAAUUAUGAAUUUUAUAUAAGUCAGAUCAAUUCAUUGUUGGUAGUCAACAAAUUUGCAUACAGUGAAUGAAUAAAUCCAUGAAUUUAUGUUGAAAAUGUUUUCAACCUCCUUCAAUAUAUGAAGAAUUACACAUAAUUAUAAAGAAUAUAUCUUUAAAAUUCAUAAAUAAGAAUUUAAAAGUGUAUCCAUGGCAAAAUGUAUGCUUAGUAAGGUCAGGUAGGGUUAUACUUGUUUAGGUGAUUAGUGCAACCUAAUGUACGUCAUGGAUGCCAUCUAAAAAUAAAUUUUGGUUUUUGUUUUGGGAUUUACAUAUCAAAUUGGUAUGCAAUGCAUAACUAAUGCUAAUCAGAAGUUAGUUUCAUAAACAGAUAACUUAUUGGAAGCAAAUAGCAUUGUUGAUAAGGUGCAGAAUAAUUGUUAGCACUGGCUAAAGUUGACUGAUAUUUCACACAUGACACAUGAAUAUUAUGAAAAGUAAAUUUUAUUUAAAGUCCGCUUUUUGGAGGACUGUCCCGAUAUUCAGCGGAGGCAUCUGUCCAAAUAUCCAGCCCAGCAGAAUAUAUUUUUUGUUUUCUUUCUUUCCUUUUUUUUUUUUUUUUGAAAAAGGAAAAAUACCAUCAUUUGGAAUAUAAAAAGGAGUGAAAACCAUUUUAUUUUUUGUCCAACAUCUCAAAAAAUCAGUGCGGCGGAUCCGUAAACCAACUCAAUAGAAAUAAAGGCCCAAAUAUGCAUUUAACUUUAGCUCACAUUGACUAGGUUCAAUUUAGCUAUUCUGAUCAAAAUGUGUCCAUUGUCUGUCAUUGACUUUAACUUCUUGCAUUUUUGACUUGAAAGAAAUUAUCCUUGGGUAGUAGGGAUUCAAUUUCAUUGAAAUGAAUAGCCCAGC